AUGAAAGUGUUCGUAGCUAUUUUGGCCUUGGCCGUGGCCUCGGCCUCCGCUGCCGCCAUGCCGGGAUUCUCUGCAAGGACCAACACCAAGGACAUCCAGGGUCGCAUCACCAACGGCUACCCGGCGGAGGAGGGCAAGGCUCCCUACACCGUGGGCCUGGGCUUCAGCGGCGGCUGGUGGUGCGGUGGCUCCAUCAUCGCCCACGACUGGGUGCUCACCGCCGAGCACUGCAUCGGAGACGCCGGCUCCGUGACCGUCUACUUCGGCGCCACCUGGCGCACCAACGCCCAGUUCACCCACACCGUUGGCAACGGCAACUUCAUCAAGCACGGAUCCGCCGACAUCGCUCUGAUCCGCAUCCCGCACGUGGACUUCUGGCACAUGGUCAACAAGGUGGAGCUGCCGAGCUACAACGAUCGCUACAACGACUACAACGAGUGGUGGGCAGUGGCCUGCGGCUGGGGAGGCACCUACGACGGAAGCCCCCUGCCCGACUACAUGCAGUGCGUGGACCUUCAGAUCAUCCACAACUCCGAGUGCUCCGGAUACUACGGAACCGCCACUGUGGGCGAUAACAUCAUCUGCGUGCGCACUCCCGAUGGCAAGUCCACCUGCGGUGGCGACUCCGGUGGCCCCUUGGUCACCCAUGACGGCACCAAGCUCGUGGGAGUGACCAACUUUGGAUCCGUCGCCGGCUGCCAGUCGGGUGCUCCUGCUGGAUUCCAGCGUGUCACCUACCACCUGGACUGGAUCCGCGACCACACCGGUGUUGCCUACUACUAA